AUGCGAGCGGAAGGGAUGCUUUCUUGCCGAUCCUUGUCUUUCAAGGGUGCCUCCUUUCGACUGGUGCCUGUUACACUGGAAGAAGAGAAGCAAGCGGCUGCCUACGCUGGCUCCUGCAAAUUCUGGCAAACCGCCUUCCAGCUCAUCGUGCGGCUAUUGAAGGCCAGGACCCGUGAGGUCAAGCAGAAGAAGCUGAAGCACUCAACCGAGCUCAAGGAGAACUCGCUGCACAUGCGACACUUUUGGAGCGCGCAGCAGCAGUUCUUCCGACAACUCCUAAUUUGCAGCAAGGUGGACGCUGCCGUGUCCCUGGCCACCGCGGCGCAGCUGAGGGGCGAGGCGGUGGUCAUUGCCAUGUGGUCCACUGGCGAGUCCGUGACGGAAGCGAUCGCCGACCGAGAAGGGGACCGUGCCGCUGCGGCCGCUGGUUUUGCUUCGGCACCCAAAGAGGUGGCGCUUCGAAUGCUGAAGGGGCUUCUGAGGACAGUGGCAGACUCCGUGGAGUCUGAACCAUCUGCUUUGCAGGAGAUCCAGAAGGCUGAGGAGCAGUUGGAGCGGCCGCUUGCCUGGACCGCAAAGUCCGGUUCGUUGCGCCUUCUACAACUGUUCAACGCAGGCUCCAGCUUCCACCCAAUCCUCUCGAUGAGAUCAUGCGCCGGCUGGGUGGUCCUUCCAAGGCUGGGAUUUAGCAGACGAAGUGAAAUGAGGCAUGUCAGGCUUCCCAGGUCCCAGCUCCUGCCUGUUUCUUAG